AUGAUUCCAGUGUGGGCAGAGACGGGAGACUUCCGUGAUAACAAUCAUCAUGGCCUUUCUACGGAUCAUACGUCACAGCUUAACUUUGGUUCAUCCAGGAGUAGAAACCGUGACAGAAAAGGCCGGGUAGACACGAUCGGUGCUACCGGUAUAAAAACUGAGGGUAUAGACACUGGAGUUGGCGUGGUCACCGACGACGGAAAAGACGCCAAUAUUAAAAAUAACAAAAACACAAAAAGACAGAGGAGACAGAGGACUCAUUUCACUUCGCAACAGCUCCAGGAACUUGAGGCCACGUUCACCAGAAACCGGUACCCAGACAUGAGCACCAGGGAAGAGAUAGCCAUGUGGACGAACCUCACAGAGGCCAGAGUCAGGGUAUGGUUCAAAAACCGGAGGGCCAAGUGGCGGAAACGCGAGAGGAACGCGAUGAACGCCGCAGCGGCUGCGGCUGUAGACUUUAAGAACGGGUUCGGAACACAAUUCAACGGCCUCAUGCAACCAUUUACUGACACCGACUCGCUGUACAGUACUGCUUACACGUCGUACAACAAUUGGGCUACCAAGGUGCCGAGCCCGUUGGGAUCGAAGACAUUCCCGUGGUCGGUGAACCCGCUGGGCACAGUGAACCAUCAUCACCACCAGGCGCCGGUCAACUGUUUCAACGCGGCCACUUCGGCGGCCGGGUCCAUGUUGCCGACUCCCGCACCGCAGAACGGGCCACCGUACUGUCCACCCACCACGCCGUACUCCGUGUACCACCACCGGCCGGCCGAGCCGUGCAACGUCAUGUCCAGUAGCAUCGCAAGCCUCCGGCUCAAGGCCAAACAGCACGCGUCCGGGUUCGGCGGUUACCAGCCCGCGGGUUCACCGGGUUCGCUGCAGGCGCAGGCCAACGGCGGUAACCGGUCAUCGUCGUCGUCGUCCUGUCAGCAACAGUACGGCGGCGGACAGGGCGCGGGUGGCGGUGGUGGUGGUGGCGGCGGCGGGAAUUCCGGCAGCGAAGGCACGCGGACGCCCGUCUGA